UUAAAUGGAAUGCAUCCCGUACGGAAUGCUACAGUCCAGUGGUGAAGCUGUCGAGCUAAGUUCUCGCAAUCAAAAUGGCAUUUGCAUUGAUAGUCCUUAUCGGAGUGUUCAGUCUCCAGGGCAGCCUUGGAACGGGCAGUGCCGAGAACCAGCUAGGAUUGAAACUGGUGGUGAAAACCAGUGUAGAGGACACCCAACCCCAAAAUUACUACCGAGAUUCCGCCUCAUAUGGGUCGCGCUUUGCCGAUUCAAGUUCUUUCGCCCCAGAAUUCUUCCGCACUGGAUAUGGCAAUGUGCUCACGUCGCAAGCUGCUUUUGUGGAAGCAAUCAACAACCGAAGCACCACCUGGAAAGCCGGAGUCAACCCGCAGCGCAACGAUCAGUACCGCACAGGCGUGCUGUCGGAUGAAUCGAUGAAGUUCCAACUGCCGCUGGGUUUCGUGCUGAAGAAGGACGAACAACCGCUGCCCAUGUCGUUUGACGCACGCCAAAAGUGGUCGUACUGCCCGAGCAUGAACAUGGUACGCAAUCAGGGAUGUUGCGACUCGAGCUACGCCGUAGCAGCAGUAUCCACGAUGACCGAUCGCUGGUGCGUGCACUCGGAAGGCAAGGCGCAGUUCAACUUCGGAGCGUACGAUGUGCUUUCCUGUUGCCAUCGAUGUGGAUUCGGCUGUGACGGUGGUGUGCCGAGCGCCGUCUGGCACUACUGGGUUGAGAACGGUAUUACCAGUGGCGGAGCAUUUGGGUCCCAUGAGGGCUGCCAAUCGUACCCGUUCGAUGUGUGCAAAAAGUCGGGCGAUUCCAAUGAUACCCCGCGGUGUUUGCGCUUUUGCCAGCCCGGUUACAAUGUCACGUACCCGGAGGAUAAGCAUUACGGUCGGGUGGCCUACACCGUGCCAAAGGAUGAAGAGCGCAUAAUGUACGAAGUGUUUAACUUUGGUCCGGCCCAGGCAACCUUUACCAUGUACACUGACUUUGUGCAGUACAAGAGCGGAGUCUAUAGACACACGUUCGGUGUGCGUGUCGGAACGCACUCGGUGAAGGUGAUGGGCUGGGGCGUGGAAAAUGACGUCAAGUACUGGCUGUGUGCCAAUUCCUGGGGUGCACAGUGGGGAGAUGGUGGUUUCUUCAAGAUCGUUCGAGGAGAGGAUCAUUUGAGUUUCGAAACGAAUGUGGUUGCAGGACUACCGCUAUUCCGCUAAAAGGAUAAACGAGUGUUGGUGUUGGCUUAGUGGAGCAAAUACAUACCUACUGAGACCGUUUACGCUUGUGAUGGUGUUCACUACGACGUUGUACUGAACUGCACAGGUUCACUGAUUGAGAAUCAUGUCUUUUCAUUAUUAUUCAUUUGACGCUUGGAAACAAAAAAAAAAGUCAAUCACUUAAACCACCUGUGUGUAUGUAAUUGUAACUAAAUCGGUUCUAUGUGCAUAACUUAAUUCGACGUAUUUCCUAACACACCUAAAGGUAGAACGCAAGCAAAACGAACGAGCCCUGGCAAGAGAGGGGCAAAUAAUACAAACACAAUAAACGCUCACGUCCGCUUGGAAA